UAACUCGAAGCUACACUGUACUUGGAGCACACUGUAGAAGCGAAAAUUCGGGAGAGAUUACUGUGUGCGGUUCCUUCAUUGCUCAAAUAACUUAAUUAGGUGGACUUCGGCGGUGCACGUACACUCGAAACAAAGACAAGAUUAUCCGCUAUUGAGCGCAGCGCAUCAUUGGCCCUUGCUAAUUCAACCCCACCCGCAUCCGACGAGAAAAUGGCAACACCAGCGAACAGCGCGACAGCUGCCGGAGGAGCAGCGAAAGAAGGAGCGCCGCCCGCCCCUGCCAAGACGUUGAGCGGAAUCGUGAAGCAGGUUCUCUCCGGCGACACGGUAGUCAUUCGCGCGACCAAGGGUGCCCCGCCUCCGGAGAAACAAAUCACCUUCUCGCAUGUCCUGGCCCCGAAACUGGCCCGUCGCCCCGGAGCCGGUGGUGAUGAGACCAAAGAUGAGCCCUGGGCGUGGGAGUCGCGGGAGUUCCUCCGAAAAAAGCUUAUUGGCGUUGAAGUAACGUUUACUUUCGACAAGCCUGCCAACUCCAACCGAGAGUACGGAUUCGUGUGGAUCGGAAAGGACAAGGAGACCGGCGAGAACGUAGUCGAAUCCAUUGUGCGUGAGGGUCUGGUAACGGUGCGCCGCGAGGGAAGGCCGACUGCCGAGCAGCAGACUUUGAUUGAAGUGGAGGAUCAGGCCCGUGCCGCUGGACGAGGCAAGUGGGCGGCGAACACGAACGCUGCCGACAAGGUGCGUAACAUCAAGUGGUCCCACGAAAACCCCGCGCACGUGGUCGACAUCUACGGCGGCAAGCCCGUCAAGGCCAUCAUUGAGCAUGUGCGAGAUGGAUCCACGGUGCGUGCCUUCCUGCUGCCCGACUUCCACUACAUCACGCUGAUGAUUUCGGGCAUCCGGUGUCCCGGAGUCAAGUUGGAUGCCGACGGCAAGCCCGACCUCAGCGUCAAGGUGCCGUUUGCUGAUGAAGCCCGCUACUUCGUGGAGACCCGCUUGCUGCAGCGCGAUGUUGAGAUUCGGUUGGAGUCCGUCAACAACUCGAACUUCAUCGGCACGAUUCUGUACCCCAAGGGCAACAUUGCCGAGUCUCUGCUGCGCGAGGGACUGGCCAAGUGCGUGGAUUGGUCCAUGGCCGUAAUGAAGACCGGAGCCGACAAACUGCGUGCUGCCGAGCGUGUGGCCAAGGAGAAGCGUCUCCGACAGUGGCAGGACUACCAAGCAAAAACACCCGCGUUCAACUCGAAGGAGAAGGACUUUACCGGAACAGUGGUCGAGGUCUUCAAUGGUGACGCCAUCAAUGUCCGCCUCGCCAACGGUCAGGUCAAGAAGGCCUUCUUCUCGUCCAUUAGGCCUCCUCGCGAUCAGCGCGCUGUGGUUGGCACUGACGGGGAGGAGAUCGUCAAGGCUCCGCCGCGUGGCAAGAACUACCGACCUCUGUACGAGAUCCCGCACAUGUUCGAUGCCCGCGAGUUCCUGCGCAAGAAGCUGAUCAACAAGAAGGUGCAGUGCAAUCUGGACUACAUCUCGCCUCCUCGGGAAAACUUCCCCGAGAAAUACUGCUACACCGUCCUGAUCGGAGGCCAGAACGUAGCUGAGGCUAUGGUGGCCAAGGGGUUGGCCACCUGCGUCCGUUACCGCCAGGACGACGAUCAGAGGUCUUCCGCCUACGAUCAACUGAUUGCUGCCGAGCAGCAAGCUAUUAAGGGCCUGAAGGGACUGCACGCAAAGAAGGACAACGCCACUCUGCGAGUGAACGACCUCACUGUCGAUCAUUCCCGAAUUAAAGUCCAGUACUUGCCGUCGUGGCAGCGCGCCCUGCGUACCGAAGCCAUUGUUGAAUUCGUUGCAAGUGGAUCGCGCCUGCGACUGUUCGUGCCAAAGGACAGCUGCCUGGUCACAUUCCUACUAGCAGGCAUCUCGUGUCCGCGAUCCUCUCGACCGGCUCUGAACGGAGUUCCCGCCCAGGAGGGUGAGCCCUUCGGCGAUGAGGCUUUGACCUUCACGCGCGAGCGGGUUCUGCAGCGCGAUGUUUCUGUGCACAUCGACACCACCGACAAGGCUGGCUCCUCGGUCAUCGGCUGGCUGUGGACCGACAGUGGAGCUAACCUGUCUGUUGCCCUCGUCGAGGAGGGUCUGGCGGAGGUGCACUUCAGUGCCGAGAAAUCCGAGUACUACCGGCAGCUGAAGAGCGCCGAGGACCGUGCCAAGGCCGCCAAGAAGAACAUCUGGGCCAACUAUGUUGAACAAGUGCCCGAGGAGAAGGUGGUCGUUGAGGAGGAGAAGGAGGACAAGGUGGUAGCCGAGCGCAAGGUCAACUACGAGAACGUUAUCGUCACCGAGAUUACCGAGACUCUGACAUUCUUCGCGCAGUCCGUGGAAAACGGGUCCAAACUUGAAACGCUGAUGAGCAAGCUGCACGCCGACUUCCAGUCCAACCCACCCAUCGCUGGCGCGUAUACGCCCAAGCGCGGCGACUUGGUAGCCGCUCAGUUCACUUUGGACAACCAAUGGUACCGUGCAAAGGUGGAGCGAGUUCAGGGCAGCAACGCCACUGUCCUGUACAUCGACUACGGCAACAAGGAGACUCUGCCCACCAGCCGAUUGGCAGCCUUACCUCCAGCCUUCAGCAGCGAGAAGCCGUAUGCCACGGAGUAUGCUCUGGCCUUGGUCGCCCUGCCCACUGACAACGAGGACAAGGAGGAAGCUCUGCGCGCCUUCUCCGAGGAUGUGCUGAACCACAAGGUUCAACUCAACGUUGAGCUGAAGGUGACUGGCUCGCCGAACUUGGCCACCCUGCACGAUCCCACGACCAAGACCGACUUUGGAAAGCAAUUGGUCGCCGAGGGUCUUGUGCUGGCAGAGAAGCGUCGCGAGCGGAAGCUAAAGGACCUGGUGGACCAGUACAGAGCUGCGCAAGACGCUGCCUUGGCCGCGCACUUGGCCAUCUGGAAGUACGGCGACAUCACCCAGGAUGAUGCGCCCGAGUUCCGCUAAAAGUCGGCCGGAAACUGGGAGUAGGCUUGUGGCGUGCGUGUGGAGUGCGUUGCCAGCCGAAAUGUUUGUCUGCCACAUACCCGCCCUUUAUAUACAUAACAACAACAAGCAACAACUUAAAGAUUAUGAAAUUACUAAUUCUAUUCUAUAUACACACCAAUAUAUAUGAUGCAUAUACCACAUUGGAAAUACAAUACAUACAUUUGAGCAUUUGCAUGAAGAGCAUAGCAAAAACCUUGCUUGCUUCUAGCAGUUGGCAAUCGUCUAAUAUUCGGUUUUCUAGUUUUUUUUCUUAAUAUUUUUUUCAAACCGCUCGACGCGAUAAUCCUCCAAAGUAAAUAUUUGACACACAUUAGCAGCAAUUGGACAUUUUAUAAGCGCUUUAGCUCCGGAAAGUAUAAUUAUACCGCAGGAUAAAAUUUAUAUAACCACAAUGUCUUUUAAAUUUGCAGAUUUUAUGUUAUUGUAAAGUGUUUUUUGCAUUACUGAGUAAAUACAUUAAAUAAUUUUUUAUAAAACCAA